UAAACACUUCUAUAGGAAAAGCUAUAAAUAACUAUCCAAUCCUUAUCUAUCAACCAUCAAAACUGAAAGCAAGUAAACACAGAAAAUUCUCAAUAGCUCACUGAAAAUGUCACUGAUCCCAAGAAUCUUCGGCGACCGACGAAGCACCAGCGUGUUCGAUCCAUUUUCAAUUGACGUAUUUGAUCCAUUCAAGGAAUUAGGCUUCACAGUUUCAAAUUCAGGGGAGACCUCUGCAUUUGCCAACACUCGAAUCGACUGGAAGGAAACUCCAGAAGCUCAUGUGUUCAAGGCUGAUCUUCCAGGGCUUAAGAAGGAGGAAGUCAAAGUGGAGAUCGAAGAGGAUCGUGUUCUUCAGAUCAGCGGAGAGAGGAACGUGGAGAAAGAAGACAAGAACGAUACUUGGCACCGUGUGGAACGCAGCAGCGGGAAAUUCAUGAGAAGAUUUAGACUUCCGGAGAAUGCAAAGAUGGAUCAAAUUAAGGCGUCUAUGGAGAAUGGAGUGCUUACUGUUACUGUUCCGAAGGAGGAGGUGAAGAAGCCUGAUGUCAAGUCCAUUGAGAUCUCUGGUUAAAAUAUGUGAAUUUAUUGUAUCCUUGUAUGGGCAAAUAAAAAAUAAUCGUAUCUGUAGUGUUUGAAGUCGUUCUGUUUCUGUAUUAAAGUCUUCGAAUCGGCUCUGUUUCUCACCUAAUGGCGUAGUUGAUGUACUUGCUGUAAAAUUUCAUGUUGAAAGAUGUAAUAGUAGUGUUGUAAUAUCCUCUUUUUUUCUUAGAACACUUCAUAAAAUGCAAAUUUGAUUCAUCAUCUUUGUCA